ACGAUUUUCUUUAACAGAGAUACGAUUUUAUUUAAAAAUAAAAACAUCAUUUCUGAGAAUUCAAAUUUUUAAUCUUUGUCAGAGGAUAUAAAAAACUUCGCGUUCCGAAGAACUGAUGAAAAAUACCGAUUGAAGAAGCAAUGUGUUUUUGAACUACGACGUUAAAGAAAAAUUCGAUUUUAUAAGUUAUAAGUAGACUCCACGGGUUUUAUUUAUGCGUGUAUAAUUAAUACAGAUAAUUUUAAUUUUUAUUUUAAUUUUGCAUAAAGAUCCUCAGUCUUGUAUUAAGUUUCAUGCUUUUCUUAAUCGAUGCCAAAGUAAUGAUAAUGUCUGACAAAUAAAUCGGGUGAUUUUGUAUACAAUACGAAAAUUUGCGAAAUGAAAAGAAAGAAAUGAUUUUCGCGCUACGCUGGCGCUGACAAUGCAGCCGUGACAAGUGCAACGCCAGACCAAUAGGAGGGCGGGUAGGUUGUUACACGCGACCAAUUGCAAAUUUCCACUCAUUUGCACGGCAGAAAGUUGCACCAAUGUUGGUUUCCAAUCUAAAUUAAUUAUUUUCCGGAACGUUGUUCGUGGGCAGUGGCCUUGAUAGGAAAACCCAACUCUGUUCCGAGCAGUGUACUUAAUUAAUAAAUCGAUCGAUCCGCUUGAAAAAAACCGAUCCCCCGGCCAUUGACCGACGUGUCAGCCUUCAUGGAGCCAGCGACGACGGUGUGGAAGUUAGUGAUGGGACUGUUCUAAUACGGUGGUACGGUCGCGCGUGUUAUGCACUCGUUAAAUUGUAUCGCCACCCCGGUUUCGAUAACUAUAACCUUGAGUGUAUUCACUAUUGCGGGACUGCGUCAAAGGUGACAACGGGCCAAGAGUAAUUCGGCUUUAUUCGACUCUAAGCAACUGCGCAAGGGGGGCGCGAGGUGUCGGUGACAAGGUGUAACAUAACCUUAAAAUGCGAGCAUCCGUGAUCAACAAUGUGAUUGUACUGUUCGGGCUGCACAUAUUUUAUUGGUGUUGCAUCGCGGUAAAUGCAAGCGGCGGAGCCCUCGAUGCGAGCCCGAACUUCCAGCCCAGCUCUUCCGGAAGCUCACAUUCCAAAAUCACAUCAUUCUCCGCCACUCUUACCGAUGGACUGGCUCAGGCUGUCGCCCAAGAAGCUGGUUUAGAAGCUAUCAAAUCACUCCACAGUCAACUAGACGAUGAUGCCAAUGGAAAUGUAGACCUAUCAGAGUCAGAUGAUUUUUUAAGGGAAGAGUUGCAAUAUGAAGCUGGGUACGAAAGAAGACAGAGGGCUUUCCAUCACAAUGAUGACAUGCACAUCAGUGUUAGAGAACUUUGGGAAGCCUGGUUAAGGUCAGAGGUCCACAAUUGGACCAUAGAACAAACGUCUGAAUGGCUGUCUUCUAAUGUAGAGCUUCCUCAAUAUGUUCCUAAUUUUAUACAACACCGUGUAACUGGUGCUACACUUCCAAGGUUGGCUGUGAACAAUAUGCACUACCUAAAUACUGUUUUAGGGAUCAAGGAUCCCAUUCAUAAACAAAAAAUUGCCUUAAAAGCUAUGGAUGUAGUUCUCUUUGGACCACCAAAAGAUACUGGUCACAGUGUCAAAGAUUUAAUAUUGAUAACACUAUUAUUUGGAGCACUUAUUGGAUGCUGGUACGCGUAUCAGCAGAAGAAAAAUUCACAGAAACACCUUCAUAGAAUGAUGAAGGACAUGGAAAGUUUACACAAAGCUGAAUUGGCACUCGAAGAUCUGCAAAAAGAAUUAGAAAGGGCGCGAAUGGAACAAGAGAGUGCCACAACAGAGAAACAAAAUCUGGAGAAACGAUUGCAAGAUGAAAGUAUGGGAUUACAUGCCUCGUACUCGGAUCUUGAAGUUUCACAAUUGAAAGCAGAAAUUGAAAUGUUGAAAGUUGAAUUACAACGCGCCGAAGGUGAACUGGAAGAUAGAUGUUGGUCUCCACCUCCGGGAUUACAACACUGGUUGCAGUUAACUCAUGAAAUUGAAAACAAGUCAUACUCAAAGAAGAAAAUAGCAGCAGAGAAACAAUUGCAACAAGCACGCGAAGCAUGCGAGAAACUACGAAAAAAGCGGUCAAGCUUAGUAGGUGCCUUUGUUUCUACUCAUGGAAAGUCGAUCGACGAGGUCGACAAAAGUAUUGUGGACGCGAGGACCUCGUUAAAUGAAGUCACCGCGGAACUGCAGGAGAGAGUGCAUCGUUGGAAGCAAAUCGAACUCCUUUGUGGCUUCAACAUAAUCAACAAUAAUGGUUUAACCUAUUUAGAAACUGUUCUCUACAGAGGAACACCUAACGGCAGAGGUCUUGGACUAAGAGGUCGACUCAGUAGCCAAGAUGACUUAGAUGACGAAGCAAGCUCAGUGUACUCGCCCUCCUCGUGCGGAGCCGCAGGUACCCUGGAAUGCCUGGCAUGGAAGGAGUCAUCGGCGCCUCCGGACUCGUCCAGCAGUGAAACAGGAAAGGACACGCCACCGGAGAGCAACGUGGUGCAUUUCACGGUGGGCGAAGGCUCCGAGGAGUCUGUGAAAUCGUACGGCAAGGAGAAGACAGGGAUAGUUCGUUCCUACAGUCAGGACACCAACAUGCUCCUGGCCAUAGAGGACAAGACUACCUCAGCAUUCCUGUCGAAGACAUCCUAUUCGGAGAAUUCGCUGGAUUCCCCGGUACCAGAAAGGUCGGCGCAGCAGAAAACCGGUCAGUCGUCGGCCGUCCCAACGAGCACAACAGCGGCGAUGACGACAUCGUCGAGCAGCCAUAAGAAACCGCUUCGGGAGUUGUCGACGAUAAUGUCCGUCGACGACGAGACGCUGUCCACCGACUCGAACUCCACCACGGACAACGACGAGUUGAAACGGAGACGCAGGAAAUUCCCCCAAUUCCCUCCGUUCAGGAAGAAUAAGGCCAAAGUCACGUGAUGCUCGUCGCCAUGCUAGUCAUAACAUAAUCGUGCAUCGUUUAUUCCUUACUUAAUGCUAACUCUUUACGAUUAGUUGGUAAACCGCGAUGUGCACUUAACAAUUAAUCUUCGAGAACCGGUUGAUCAAUAAUUUAGCAUAUUAGAUUACUGCCGGGUAUGUACAUAUAUUUCACGGAGACAAGGAUAUAUAUAUACUUGGUAGAGAGAUAUUUGGUAGCUCUGUGGAACAUCCAAGAUCGGUUGGUCCUGCGAACUAGGAUGCGAGAUCGAUCAUUGGCGCAUCGUUGCUCGUUUUAAUAGCUUGGACAUGGUGGUCAAUGAAACUUGGCGAAUGCGUUAAAUGCUGUGAUAGCGUUAAAUAUAUAGAGAAGAAUAUAUCAAAAGUUACACUUUAAUUUAUAUAUAAUAUCAUCGCGCUCUAAAAAGCUAUAGCUGCAAGUAUCGACCUCUAAAUUUUGGAAUUCGUUGAGCGUUAUUACCUACUCAAAGUCUCUUACUCUUCCGCGGAUGCUGUGGAACAGGUUCCUUAAAUUGUACAUUGACUUUCCCGCGACGUAUUCGCACGCUGUACAUUGAUGUAUGUAUUAUAAUAACAUAUUUUAAGAAGAGUCUAUAUUGAUAAAGGAUUGUAUAUUAUCAGAUUAGAUGGACGGGGGGUUGCUGUCACGAGGAUGCGCCAAUAUCAAAGCCGAUUAAAUAACGCAACAGUUCUACCGUGAUGGAAACGCAUGGUUAGAUAGUCAAGAUUGUAAUGGAUCGUAGGACCAACCGGAAAAGAACUAAAUUUCUACAAACGAUCGUGUUCCACUCGGCUACUGUCGCGUAGGAUGUUUUUGGUGCCCCGGUGUGCUCCCACUUUGCCAAAUGUUUACUUUGAACCGCGAACCAACGAGUACGGGUUCGCCGAGACACCACCAAAGCGACGUGUCCGACCUAGCUAGAUUAUUAAGCUCACGAUGCCGAAAUUGUUCAGUUAAGACAAUACCUUGGCUCAGGGAUGGGCGGCGACCAAUCGUAUCCGAAGCUUGAUAUCAGCUCUCUUUGUCUCUCUCUAGUUUCUUUCUUUAUGCUUAUUCGCGCCAUCUUUUCUAAUAAUUGUCCUUAGGCUUUUCUUUUUAUUCAGAUCUAUAAUGUCUCCAGUAUUUUACGUAGACACUAGAGUUAUGCUUCGGUAAUAAUUAUUUUGUUGUAGUAGCUUCUAGGGAUAUGUUCCUAAUGACAACAUAAAUUAGCGAUAGGCUUUAGCCUUUAGAAUAACACACGUAGAGGCUUACCACCCACUCCAUGCUUAUUUAAUGUCUCUCUAAACGAAAAGAAUCUCAAUCGGUUAUUUCCCAUUCGAUGAAAUAUCUUUAAUACUGUGACGUCUUCCAAAAUCGUUGAAACUGAAUAUCCUAAGAUCUGUUUCUUAUAGUCUCUCUCUCCGAUGAAAUGAACCUAGAAAUAUGUUUUACGACUACCUUUGGUAAUAAGAUUCUUCAUUAUAGUAUUAUUACAAAUACAUUGAAAAUCAAAUACACUAUCAUCGUGCUUCCCUAAUGAAUUUGGGCUAAGGCCCAAUGAUCAUAAGUUUGCAAUUCUAAUUAAUCGAAUCUAAGCGAAGUUUAGAAUGAUAGCACAUUUUUUUUAUCGAAAUGUAAAUAUAUACAAACCGUUAUAGAUUAAUCAAAUUCUCUCCAUGAUUAUCAGCUCUGGCAACAUGACUCAUUGCGAGGCUUUUAAUUGAUCGUCACUUGUUCUCAAGUAACGAAGAAAUUUAUCGAGUUCAUUCCUGCGUCAUCGCGCUUCUUCUUCGUCGUCGCUCAGUCUCUCUGAAAUAGUCUCUCUCAGUAAAUCUGUCCAGGAAUUUCUGAAAAAUUAUCUUCUCUUAUUUCUCCAUGACUGUACUAGGCCUAAGUCGUCGACGAUGCGUUCGCGCGUUCGUCGUUAUUUUUUUUUUUCUUUGCAGAAUCUCUAAACAGAAUUCCAUUUUCCAUUUGGUUUACAAACUAUAUUUCUCGCUUAACGAUCGCCCAUCCCUGCGUCGAACCAUACGAGACAAGUUCUCUCGUGAACGAAAUUCUAACCGCCAAGGCUUCCUGUUUCUGUUAUUUCUUUUUUCACGAUGGUAUAUAUACAGUAGUAGCUAGAAUGAAUUUUUGUCUCUCACUUGUUUUCUAUUUUAUCAACUGUCCUCAGGCUUCCGACGUUGUACAGGCCGAGCAUAAAUUCGAAGCUCCUCUGUAGUUUAAUCUUUCGUUUUUAGUUUGUAUCUGUACGUUUUUUUUUUUAAGGCCAAUCUCUUAUCGUGACAAAUUUAUUCCUCCGGUUCCAUCCGAAUCUGAACGCUUCGAUUUAAUCGCUACCAGUUCCGAUCGAACCGAAGGUGUUUAACGUGGCAACCGGAAGUCGACAGAGUUCUCGCAGGCACGCAAUAUUAAAAGAAAAAAAAAAGAAGAAUUCCGCUUGGAAUUUUUCGUGCGUUUCCGUGAAGCUGAGAUGCGUACAGAUGCGCAAGUAUUUGCGUGCGUUACAAAGUGACUGAUAAGGCGUAUACGAUAAGGAAACCCGCCGAAGAACAUUGGGUAAUCCCAUGGACACCAUUGUGCAACGUACCAUAAAUUUCAAUCGGUUUCAAAUAUUUAACAAAUAUCUUAUAUAUAUAUAUAUAUAUAUAUAUAUAUAUAUAUAUAUAAACCGUUACCGGGCGUCACGUAAUUUCUUUAUAGUAUUCUUUCUAACAUCAAAUUGAAAUGAUAACUGAUGUGUGUUUGAAACGGACAGUACAGGGUGGUUUGCACGCCAUUGUCAAAAUAAUGUUGAACAUUUACAAGCGUUAUCACUGGCUGAUACACCAGAGAAUAUUAUCUAUAGGAUUGCCCAAUAAAUCGAACGAAUUAGUCCUUCGCAGACCCACAUACUUCUAAUCUUCCGAGGUCCAACGGCAUUGUCGUCGUCGUCGAUGGAAUUGUAAAUAGUAUAUUACAAAGCAAUAACUCUCUAAGGUUCUCAUUUUAUAAACAAAUUUAUAAGUAUUAUUAGAUGUAUAAAUACAAUGUUCGUUCACGGUAGGACCUCGGAGGAUUUACAAUCGCAUCGAGAGUAAAACAAUUUGUGCAUACCCCGUACGCAGACGGCUUCGAAGAUGGCGAUCGCGACUCUUGAAUUAAAAUGAAUGAAAAGGCA